GACUCUUCCAAUGGCCCCAGCCUCCCAUCAGAACCUGUGGUUACAGAUAGCCAGAAAUAAUAUCCACCAGCUGCUGCUCUUCUCUAUGCUCUGAAAGAUUAGAACUGGGAGGCUUCUAAGCAGCACCAAGCAGGAACUAUGCCUGGCAGCAUCCAUGUCUCAGUAUCUUACUUCUCAGCUGCUCAAUCAUCAGCUGCCACAGCUCCACUGUUCUUGCAAGUUGUAUUGGGCAAGAGAGAGUACAACGGAAGCAUAGGACAAGGCGAAUUCUCAUUCCCAGUUACGUCACUUCGUGAGAGCAUGGUGAUGCUGCUGUACAAUGCAGAUAGAUCAUUAAUAUCACAAGCAGAACUGAAGAUGAAAGCAGUUGUUGAGUCAGGAACUAUGGAUGUUGAUUUUAGUCUUGACAAUGGAGGAAGCAUUAUUCUAAGGCUGCAGUUCCUACUCAGUGAUGAAGAUCGCAGACGGGUCCAAGAAAUGAGGAACUCUGCAGUGAAAAGAAAGCAGCAAGAGCUGCUUUCUGAUGGUUAUGUACUUUCUCAAGACAGCUUGUUGUCUAAACAAGUCGAAAAUAUCUCCAACAUUUCGAGAGAAGGAGAUGAAUCUUCAGUUAGGAAGAGCAUGUCACUGGAUGAUUUGCAGGAGAAGGCUGUUUUCUCUGCAAUUAUUGUAGAUCCCCAGAUGAAAGACACAAAAGAAUCACCGGAGCAAAGUGGAUCAAAUAGUGCAGUGCAGAAAAUGAUAAGUGCCUUUCAAAGCAGCUCUCCACAGUCUUCCAUGGUCUUGCAGGAUCUGACGCGGAUCAAAUCAGAAAGCUCACUAAAAGGGCUGUCUGCUUCUUCAGAGAAUUUCACCCAGUCUUCUUCAGACAAGUCAUCUAGUUCACUAGCAACCCAGGAUGUUUCAGGCCACACAGAGGCAGGUCUUGUGGCUGGGACAUCAGGCAAAAUGCAGCUUCCUCCUGGUGACAAAAGCUUCAGUAACAAAAGAUCAAAUGCAACCGAGCAACAGGCCGUUCUGUCAACCACAUCUGAAGGCAGAAUCCGUAGGCUAUUCAGAGAGAAGGACCUCGAUAAUUCAGAGAUGGUGAUCACAGUCCAAAACCGGAGCAAGAAGCGGUCGAUGCCGAAGCGUCGUCGCGCCGCCAUUGGCCCUUACUCUCUUGAACACAUGCAUCCCCAUGUCUGCAUCACCACUGCAAGCAGGCAGCUGAGAGAGCUUGUUGAGCUUGAGCCACCCUUGGAUUCGUUUGUGUUUGUAGGACAAGUUGAUAUCAAGAGACCAAAUGUGAGGGGAGGAGCUAGCAUGCAAGAUCAGCAGGGCACAAGCGACAGUAAAACGAAAAAUGAGAUGGUUUCUGCUCGAGGUGAUGAUCAUGGUUUUCCAAUAUUGGAUGGGCGGUUGAUUAAUCAGGGAGUGCGUGUUGUCAUUGUGAUCAUAGCUUGCGGAGCAAUAUUUCUGAACAACAGAUAAGGGUAGCAGGACAUGUACAUUUAGAUUGUGUGUGUGUGUUUUUCUUUUUCAAGUUUCAGUAAGUAAUGCAACUGCUAUACACCUCCAUCCCUAAAAAAAUUAACUUCCGAGAAUGAAUCUAAACAACAAAGUGAACAAACGUGUGUCCGAGUUUAUCUUAGAAGUUGCCUUUUUUUUUUUAAGGACAGAUGAGUAAUUCUUGUGCUUGCGGUGGUGUGCCGUAUGCAUUGCAGCAGUUGCGUUUUAUCAGGUUUGGUGUUU